UUUGUGGUGUGUCUCAAAUCUCAAUGGACAUUGAAUUCAUCAUGUCUUCUUCUUAUCUCUAUACUCUCAUGGCCAUGGCUUUAGGCUUCUUUGUUUUCUAUCUCUAUGUACCUUACUUUGCUGUGAGAAAAGUCCCUGGCCCUCCUGUCCUACCAUUUGUAGGAAACCUUCCCUUGCUUGCCAAGCAUGGCCCUGACUUGUUCUCUCUUCUUGCCUCCAAAUAUGGUCCCAUUUUCAGGUUUCACAUGGGAAGACAACCACUAGUAGUAAUUGCUGAUCCUGAACUCUGUAAAGAAGUUGGAAUUAAGAAGUUCAAGUGUAUGACUAAUAGAAGCUUGCCUUCUGCCAUUUCUGGCUCUCCUAUUCAUCAAAAGGGUCUUUUCUCCUCAAGUUUGGAUGUUUGCAGAGAUGCAAGAUGGUCGGCAAUGCGAAAUGCUAUUGUUUCACUAUACCAACCUUCUCAUCUUGCUAGCCUUAUUCCUACAAUGCAAACUUAUAUAAAGUCUUUGGCUUCUCAUAUUGCAUCUAAUUCUUCAACUGAAGACAUUAACUUCUCAAGUUUGUCCCUUAAAUUGGCCACUGAUGUAAUUGGGCAAGCCGCUUUCGGUGUCGAUUUCGGUCUUUUAGAUAAAGAAAAUGGGAAGCAAAUUGAUGAUCAAAAUGAAGUCACUGAGUUUAUCAAAGAACAUAUUUAUGCCACAACUUCUUUGAAAAUGGACUUAUCAGGAUCAUUCUCAAUUAUACUUGGCUUACUAAUUCCUAUGCUUCAAGCACCAUGUAGGCGAUUUCUUAAGAUGAUACCGGGAACUGCCGACCGGAAAAUUCACCAAACCAACUUUAAACUUAAUAAGAGAGUUGAUGAGAUUGUUGUUAGGAGAUCGAAGGAGAAAAUGCGUGGCUCUAAGGAUUUUUUAUCGGCUAUUUUGAAUGCUAAUGAUAAAGAUAAAGCUUCAAGACAACUCUUCACUCCUGAUUAUAUUAGUGGUCUCACUUAUGAGCAUCUCCUUGCUGGUUCCACAACCACUUCUUUCACAAUAUCAUCAGUUCUUUAUUUAGUAUCAAAGCAUCCCGAAGUCGAGAAGAAGUUGAUUGAUGAAAUCGAUCAAUUUGGUCCAGAUCAUAACACUCCAAAUGCCGAUGAUCUUCAGAAUAAAUUUCCCUACCUUGAUCAGGUGAUCAAAGAAUCGAUGAGAAUUCAUACGACAUCGCCAUUAAUUGCAAGACUAGCAUCACAAAAAGUUGAAAUUGGUGGUUAUAUUCUUCCAAAGAACACAUGGGUGUGGAUGGCACCAGGAGUCCUACACAAGGACCCGAAACACUUCCCUGAGCCUGAUGUUUUCAGGCCGGAGAGGUUUGAUCCGGCCGGCGAAGAAGAGAAGAAUAGACAUGCAUAUGCAUUCUUUCCUUUUGGUAUCGGUCCCCGGGUGUGCAUCGGACAGAAAUUCGCAUUGCAAGAGAUUAAACUUACCAUUAUUCAUCUUUACAGCCAAUAUAUCUUCAAACACUCGGUGAAAAUGGAAUCCCCUGUCGAAUUCGAUUAUGGAAUUAUUGUUAAUUUUAAGCAUGGUGUUAAACUUCAUGCUAUUAAGAGAACCAAAAACCAGUAGAUGUUUCAAUAUUUAGUAUUGUUGUUGUUGUUAGUUGGAAAUAAAUUGUUUUUGGUAGUAUUAUUCUCAAGUGAAAUAUGAUGUUUGAAAAGGUCUUAUGUAAUAAUUUUGUUAC